AUGUCCUCAAUCACUCCAUAUGGAGGUAUCCAUCCAGGUAACUCGCCUCAGAGUCUGAAAGUUAUAUUGGUCUAUGGAUCGCCUCCACCAAAUCCUUCUGAGACAAUUGGCAGAAGUUGCGAGAAUGGUCCUAUUGAACAUGAAGCCCAUUCCAGAACAUGUUCGGACAGCCCCCGCGGACAAGUCACCGGCACUCACAGAAUCCCCAGAAGCAAUGAGGAAGACAGUUCAGACGAAGGAGUCGGCGCAUCUCAGAGUAGUGAUGAGAAGGAGGACUACGAAGAUUCAAGAAGCCCUGAUUCGUCUACGACUCAGGCAGAGCAACGUACUCUCUUCAUUCGCGGCCUACCAGACCGUGUCACUCUUCGAGAUAUCAUUGAUGCUGUGAGAGGUGGUGCCCUUUUGCAUGUCUACCUCCGGGCUCGGGAUCAUACAGCCAACGUCUCAUUUGUCGACCCGGCUGCCGCUCAAGAAUUCCUUCAGUACACGAGAUCUUUUGGCUUAUACCUUGCUGGAAAGCGCGUGGAGGUGCUCUGGAAUGACCGCCAAUUUUACCUCCCUCAUUACGUUGAAUCGAAAAUCAACAAUGGUGCAUCUCGGAAUAUGGUCAUCUACAACGUGAACAAAAGUAUUACGGAGCCGCUCAUUCGAAGGGAUCUCGACCAUAUUCACAAUCUCAUAGUGGUCGACAUCAAGUUCAAGCAAGGUAAUGCGUACAUCUCGACGAAUUCAGUGCACAAUGCACUCUUUGCACGGUCUUGCAUGAUGUCUCGGGCCACAUACAAGGGCAUGCGGAUUGGAUUCUUCUCUGAUGAAUGCGCAGCACCACGGGCCAAAGUCCAAAAUGGCCCUAGGAAGGAAGCGCGAGCACCAAUGAAGAAGCCGAUCCCUGCCUCGAACCGCUUCCAACUCCUUUCUCUGGAGGGGGCUAGAGACGAUAAUAGCGAGGAGUACGGGAGUCUGCACAGUACAUUCGACAGCCAUUACUCAGACGAAGGCAUCGCCUGGGUGGAGAACAGGGUUCCAGCCUAG